AUGCACAGCCUCCUGGGUAAUGUAGUUUCCCCCGCCUCUAACCAACUUCGCGAGGUGGGCCGUAACCAGGCAAUCGUCCUCGGCGCAGGUGGCUCACGAGGAACUGAUAGCCGCCCGGCCCCGCCCCCUUACACAGGGCGCAACUCAGGAGGAGCAGCCGGCAACGGGACCGACACCACAGCCGCAAAUCGUAGACGCAGCCGCACCAAAUUCACAGAAGAUCAAUUGAAAAUCCUCAUCAAUGCAUUCAACCAAAAACCUUACCCGAGUUAUGCUACCAAACAAAGACUUGCUUUAGAAAUCAACACUGAAGAGUCUAGAAUCCAGAUUUGGUUUCAGAAUCGAAGAGCUAGACACCGAUUCCAGAAAAGAUCAGAACCUGAGGAGCACUUAGAAUCAAGCCAAGAUGAAGAUCACCCUGAAGAAAAGAUUCAGAGUAGAGGAGACAGACGGUGCCGUACAAGCUACACUUCCUCCCAAUUACACACCCUCAUCGAAGCAUUUAUGAACAACCCAUAUCCUGGGAUUGAUUCCAGACAGCAACUUGCUAUCGAAAUUGGAGUUCCAGAGUCGAGAAUCCAAAUUUGGUUUCAAAAUCGAAGAUCUAGAUUCCACGUCCAGAGAAAAAGAGAACCUGAUGAGGCCUUAGAACAGAGACAAGACCAGGGACAAGAUCUCUGA